CAAAGAUAUUUCUUACCAAGAUGUUGUGGUGGGAUUUUAGACUACUGCCACAUGGCCAUUGGAAUCACCAUGGUUAGUGCGGCACAAUUCUUGACUUCACAUUCAUGUGUGAUUGGCUUAUGUUCUAUCACUUCCUUCUCUUUCUCCCUCUGUCGAAUUGGGAAAAAAUCUGUUCAAUUUGCUUUCUCCCUUACCUUCCUUGACUCUUCUGAAAACAACUGUAACCAUAAAGUGUUUUCAUCUGAUAGAAGGAAAACAUAUUUCUUUUUUUUAUUAUUAAAACCAACAAACAAGGCCUUGAAAGUUGAAAAGUCUUUUUUUUUUUUUGGCAAAACAAUGGCUGCAACUUCAUUUCAAAACCCUUCAUCAAUUCUUUUUACAGGAACCCAGUUUCCAGUUUCCAUCUCUAAUUAUAUUCCAAUAGAAUCCACGCCUUGUAUGUAUUGUAGUUACCAUUUUAGAAGCAGAGCAAGUAACAGAAAGAAGGGACUUUUACAAGUAAAAGCUACAGUGGCAGCCGGAACCCAAAGUGUUUCAAAGUCAGGUGAGAAAAGUGAAUUUGAUGAGAAUCAAUUGGAGAAGAAGAAACUGAGGAUAUUGGUUGCUGGGGGUGGUAUUGGAGGAUUGGUUUUCGCAUUGGCUGCAAAAAGGAAAGGUUUUGAUGUGGUGGUGUUUGAGAAGGAUUUGAGUGCUAUAAGAGGUGAGGGGCAAUAUAGGGGUCCAAUCCAGAUUCAAAGCAAUGCAUUGGCUGCUUUAGAGGCUAUUGAUAUGGAAGUUGCUGAGAAAGUUAUGGAGGCAGGGUGCAUCACUGGAGAUAGAAUUAAUGGAUUGGUUGAUGGGGUUUCCGGUACUUGGUACAUCAAGUUUGAUACAUUCUCCCCUGCAGCAGAAAAGGGGCUUCCAGUUACAAGAGUUAUUAGUAGGAUGACGUUGCAAGAAAUCCUGGCUCGUGCAGUUGGGGAAGAUGUAAUUUUUAAUGACAGCAACGUUAUUGAUUUUGAGGAUGAUGGACAUAAGGUUACUGUGGUUCUGGAAAAUGGACAGCGCUAUGAGGGUGAUCUUCUAGUUGGAGCUGAUGGAAUAUGGUCCAAGGUGAGGAAGAACUUAUUUGGGCCAAGGGAAGCUGUAUACUCAGGCUACACUUGCUAUACUGGUAUUGCAGAUUUUGUGCCUGCUGAUAUUGAGUCUGUUGGGUACCGUGUAUUUUUGGGACACAAGCAAUACUUCGUUUCCUCAGAUGUUGGUGCUGGAAAGAUGCAGUGGUAUGCAUUUCACAAGGAACCAGCUGGUGGUGUGGAUAGCCAAUGUAAAAAGGAGAGGCUACUUAAAAUAUUUGAGGGUUGGUGUGAUAAUGUGAUAGAUUUGUUACUUGCUACUGAUGAAGAUGCAAUUCUUCGACGUGACAUAUAUGACCGAACACCCUCGCUAACUUGGGGAAGGGGGCGGGUAACCUUGCUUGGGGAUUCUAUCCAUGCAAUGCAACCAAAUAUGGGUCAAGGAGGAUGUAUGGCCAUUGAGGACAGUUACCAAUUAGCAUUGGAACUUGAUAAGGCAUGGAAACAACAUAUUGAGUCAGGGACUCCUGUUGAUGUUGUUUCUUCUUUAAAGAGCUAUGAGAAGGCUAGAAGACUGCGAGUUGCCAUCAUCCAUGGAAUGGCAAGGAUGGCUGCAAUCAUGGCUUCAACUUACAAGGCUUAUUUAGGUGUAGGGCUAGGUCCAUUGUCGUUUUUGACAAAAUUUCGGAUACCGCAUCCAGGAAGGGUUGGUGGCAGAUUUUUUAUUGACUUAGCAAUGCCCUUAAUGCUCAAUUGGGUCUUAGGUGGUAACAGCUCAAAACUUGAAGGAAGGCCCUUAAGUUGCAGACUCUCAGACAAGGCAAGUGACCAACUGCAGACGUGGUUUGAAGACAAUGAUGCAUUGGAGCGGACUAUUAACGGAGAUUGGUUUUUGUUGCCAGUUGGAAAUGAAGUAGUUGCCUUACAACCUAUUUGUUUAAUUAGGGAUGAGAACAAACCUUUCAUGAUUGGGAGCGAAAAGAAUGAGAAUUUUCCGGGAAUGUCAGUGUUGAUACCUUCACCCCAGGUAACCAAAACACAUGCUCAAAUCAGCUAUAAAGAUGGUGCAUUCUUCCUAACUGAUUUACAAAGUGAACAUGGAACCUAUAUCAUUGAUCAUGAAGGGAGAAGAUCUAGAAUACCUCCAAAUGUUUCUACACGUGUUCGUCCAUCAGAUGUUAUUGAGUUUGGUUCCGACAAGAAGGCAGCUUUCCGGUUAAAAGUGAUGAGAUCACCCCCAAAGAUUGUUGUGAAGGAAGAAGGCGGAAUUCUUGAAGUCGUCUGAAAAUUUAUGAAGCCAUAAGUAUUCAAACUUAUAGCAUUGUACAGCAUUUAUCUACGCAGGUGGAGAAAAUGAAAUCUGCUACAUUUUGUAGAAAGUAGGAGUUGAAUUCAGAGUAUCAUACAAGAAAUGUCACAUACCCCUGCAUAGCUCCUGGCAGAACAGGAAUAGGAUAUGUCAACUUCCAUUCACUUUAAAGAAUGCUGACAUAUAUACCUCAUUUAUGUUAAGAAAUAAUAUAAAAACAUUUAAUGGUAAUUUUUUCUUCCCAAUUGUGAAGUUUUGGGUGUUUAUGUUUUGCAGUACUAUUUUUAGUUACACAUUUUUUCGAGAACCCAACAUCAGUUUGAACACUGUUUUGCCUUCUAGUUCAAAUUUUGGUUUUCAAACUUCUAAACAGAGGUAGGAGUAUAUCGUCAGGGAUGGAAUCAUGGGAGAUGGAUGCCGUGAGGUAAUCGUCUAAGAAAUUAGAAAACUGAUAGCUUUGGAAAUAAUUUACUGACAGAUAGGACCCAAUUUCGUCAUGUCAGUGAACAGUGGGCAUGUCAUUCACAUGUAAGAUGUAACUUGUCCCCAGUUAUUGCCAUACAUUCUAUUAUGUACCGUCAAGAAAUCUGCAGCAGCUUCACAUUUCUGAUAACCUGUAUCUUUUUUAUUUUGUCUUUCUAGACUCUAUUGGCCUAAAAGCUUGAAUUAAGAAUAUAAAAAGUCUUCCAUGUAUUGAAAUCUAAGCAUUUGGCUCGGUGAUUGCUCUAUGGUUCUUCCUACUCAAGAACUCAUUGUCUUGUCAUAUAUUAUUAGAUAAAUUAGACUGUAGCAGUAAUAAGUUUUUCAUGCACUAAAAAAAAGAACAGAUUCAUGGUUUGGUAAAUAUAUACACAGAAAACUUGUUUUCUGAAAAAAACAACUAAAACUGGUUCUGGUUCUGGUU